UUAGAUUUGUGGCUGCAUUUAAAGUUAUUUUUCACUUAAAAUAAAUAAAUAAUAUAACUGACAAAUGAAUGUCAGAUAAUAAAAAUACUCUAGUUCACUGUAUGUGUUUGUUCUUGUUUUAUUAAGGGAUAAGUCUGAAGCACACCAAAUAAUUCUAUCAAUUCAUACAGGGCUAGUAGUAUAUACAGCUGUAUAUACAGAUACACACCCAGGUAUCUGAUCAGUACUUGGUAUCGGCCGAUAACCUGAACUCAGGUAUUGGAAUCGGUAUCGGGAAUGGAAAAGGGGUAUCGGAACAUCUCUACUCAGAAGGAGGCCAGAACUAGGAACUAUACAACCUCACAGGGAUAGUAAUAAUAAGGGUGAUGUAACAAACAAACACCUAAACCUAGCUCUAGCCUAGCCGCUAGCUAAGGCCUACUGGGCCAAGCAAGGCUUGGGCUUCAUUUUGAAACCUUCAAACAUGAGGAGAAAAUGAAGUGUAACCAGGUCUUAAAACGAAGUCUUGGCAUAAUAAUCCCUUUCUUAAAGUUAAUUGAGUCUUGAGAUAAAUGUUUUAAGUUAAUUAAUCAAAGUACAUUUUCUAUGUAUUAGAGGAAAAAAAAAAAAGAAAAAAACGUCAUCUACAAUAAGUGAUCAAAUGCAUAAAAAGAUAGAAAAAGAGCGAUCUUCCCCUGGAAAAAUUGUUCGCACUACAAUUCCCAUGCUCCUUUUUGUAAGGAGCUGACCAAUCACUGAGCUCCAAAGCUUCAGGCAAUUGAGCUCCGCCUUGACUUCCUGUUAGCUACUUCCUGACUGAAAGACUGCAUGGCUGUUCGUUGCCUAGCUGAAUUCUGAAUAAAUUGCCAUCCAUAGGAGAGUGCGAUCGGCAGACGGCUGCCGCUGAUCAGACAGCCAAUUUAGAGAGACCCACUCAUUGACUCAACGGUCAGGUUUUUUUAUUGCCAGAUUCAUUCCAGUGACGCACAUGGAUUGGAAGUCACGCUCGACCUGGAGUUGAAGCCUUCCGGUUGAAUUGGGAUUGGAUGUACGUACCCUGAACCCCUGAAAGAUUCCCAGCGUACGUUGGGUGGCGAGCCACGGACCCACGAGCAUAAGUCUAUGCGCAGUCUCACUUUCCCUCCUUCACGGAUUGUAUGGUAGGAUCCACGAGCACUGGCAUACUGAUACUGUCACGACACUGAUUCAACCAAAGAAAAAAAGGGCCCCAACGAGCAAUAAGACUAUUUUUGGAACUGGGUUUUAUUUCUUUUGUUUUAAGGGAAACUUAUGCCGGCUUUAUUAUUUUUUUAUUUCUUUAUGUACAUUCUCUGAACUAAAUUGUUACACUGUUUGUUAUUGUUCCUGUUGUUAAACAAAGAGUGAUCACAAUAACGCAAAUUACUGUUUCUGUCUUUAUUGAUGUCAAACCACUGGCUCUUAAAGAUUUAGUAUCUUCUGUUACUGGUCCAAAUACUGUUAAGGAUAACUAAUUACCUGUUACCCUGUUACUAUAUCGUAAAGAGGGUUACACUUUUGGCGAGCCAGCCAGGAGACAGUUGGUUUGAAUAUCAAUAUUGAACACGUGUCCAAUAUGGACUUUGUACAGAGGUGUGGUGUUAAAAUCCCAAACGCAGUUAUUGUUAGUGGGCUAACACAAGCAGGAGACCAAGAUGAACAGGUUAUUGACUUCCUUAAAGAAUAUGGGUCUAUCAAAAGAACCAUUUUAGUUGAUGAGGAUGAAUCUGAAUUUUACCAAAACCUGAUCGUUGAGUAUACGCACGGCACAGCUCUAGGAACACUAAGUGGAAUAUUGCCAUACAAAUAUGCCUUGAAAGAUGACCCCUCUGUUGUUUAUAACAUCAGAGCUUUGAGCAGUGCGUACCAAGCUGAAGUCAGUGGUAAUAUUACCAAAACUUACCUGUCAGAACUUAAGGCCUUAGCCAAACUUAGCGGUGCUGAGUAUGGAUGUGUGCUUAAAGGAGUGAUGUCCCAGAUUAGUAAAGAUAUUGAAGCAAUGAGCCCUGUAUCAGAGGAAGUUCCUCUUACCCAUGCUGAAACCCCCACUGAGAUCCAGCUGACCAUUACCCCCACUGAACAGCACCCCCCUGUCUUAUCCUCAGACACCGCUCACAGAAAUGAUGGCCUUCCUCCCCCUGGCACCAUCCCAACCAACAGUGUGGGUACAGCCCCUUCACUUUCAGCAAAUGACAUGAAUCCACCAGAAGUUCAAAAGGUUGUGGUUGAACACAUUGUAAGGAGCGAAGCAAUCAGCCCUUGCUUUCAGCCCCAAUUAAGGCUCCGCUCCUUCUCUGAAAAGACUCCCAGGCCCAAUAACGAGACCGAUUAUGACACCUGGCGCUCCCAUAUUGAACUGCUGCUAAAUGAUCCUAACAUACUUCCCCUUCAGAUCACCAGAAAUAUUGUAGAGAGCUUGCUUCCACCUGCAGCUGAUGUGAUCAAAGGAUUACGGCCCAAUUCACCCCCUGUAGCUUUCCUGCAGCUACUUGAUUCGGCUUUUGCCGUGGUUGAGGAUGGGGAAGAACUUUUUGCACGUUUCUUAAACACGUUCCAGAAUCCAGGGGAGAGUGCUUCCGCUUACCUUCAUCGGCUGCAGGUAGCAUUAAACUUUGUAGUAAAAAGGGGUGGGGUUGCACCAGGAGAAGUUGACAGACACCUUCUAAAGCAGUUCUGUAGAGGGUGUUGGGACAGUGUUCUGCUCUCUACUCUGCAGCUUGAACAGGCGAGAAGUCACCCGCCUUCAUUUGCAGAGCUCCUGCUGAUGUUGCGCACAGAGGAAGACAGGCAGCAAGCUAAAGCCAGCCGCAUGAGGAAACAUAUAGGUGCCACAAAACGAGUCCAAGUUCAGUCUCAGAGUGCAUGUGCAUGUGCAUGUGCAUGCGCAGACCCAAAGGAGAAACCACAGGUUUGUCCCAGUGCCAUUGAAGACCUUGUGAAGCAGGUUGCCACCCUGCAGAGCCAGCUGACCUCUUUUAUGGCAGAGAAAAAGAAAGAUAGAAAAGGAACCGCACAGAAACUCCAGAGCCGAACACCAGACAAAACGAAUGCAAACAUGCAAACCCAGAUAAGAACAAAGCAGAUGAACAAACCCCGGCCCUGGUACUGCUUUAAGUGUGGAGAGGAUGGGCAUAUCUCCUCCACGUGUACCGAAGCUCCCAAUCCUGCUUUGGUGGCUGAAAAACGAAAACAGUUGGAGAAGAGAUUAAGUGAGUGGGAAAUGCAAGCUAACCCCAGCUCACAGUUAAACGACUAACGGCUCC